AUGGCAUGCGCCUCGCCCCCGCGCGCGCGCAUCCUCGGCCCGCCCUUGACGCCGCCCCAGCGCCAAGCCAAGCAGCUGGGCCUCCUCUUCGCCGGCGCCGGCUUCCUCGCCCUCUCCGUCGCCGUGGCCCGCCGCUCCGUCCUGCGCCGCCAGCGCGAGGGCUUCCCCCGCUUCUACUCCUCCAACAGGGCCGCCGCGCGGAUGGACGGGGCCGAGCGCUCGCUCCUGGCCGUGCAGGCGCUCGGCCUGGCUACCCUCAACGUCGCCAGCUUCGGCGUCCUGCUGACCGGCGGCCUGGCGUGGGCGUUUGAUCUGUGCAGCGUGGGGGAGCUGCGGGACAGGACGCGCGCGGCGCUGCGGCGCCCGGGCCGCUUCUCGCCGCAGGAUGAGAGGGAGCUGGAGGGCAUGAUGGGCUCGCUGCUGGACAAGAUGGGCAUGCAGAGGCCCAAGGACCUGGGGGGGGAGGUCGCCACAGGGACGGGUCCGGAGUGA